UCAAAAAAAAAAUACAUUUUGGAAACAUUCUCAUCCACUUCUCUGUAAUCAUCUAAUAUAUUUUCACAGGAUUGAAGCAUUUCAACUACACAAGUAUACAGUACCGUUCAUGUUUUUCCUACCGAUGUCCGGAAUAAUAUGUUGUGCAGUGUGUGUUGCUGUCAAAAUUUACAAAAUGCGCCAUUGUGAUAUUUCAAGAACAUCAAGUCCCGACAGAAUAAGAAAUGAAAACAAAGCUAUCCUUCAGGUGUCGCUCAUUGUUCUCUCGUUUCUACUGGGAUACCUUGGGAACGCUGUGAACAGACUUCUUCUAUCGAUGCCCUUCUAUUCUACGAUUCCUCUUUCCUUAAGGACUUGGUUUAUCUUUAUCAGUUACCUGCUUCUAAGAUUGAGUGAAUGUCUAAAUCCUGUUUUCUACUGCCUUGGUUCUGAUACAUUGAUGAAGGCCACAAAGGAGAUAUUUUUCAAAAGAAAGCUUGACACAGUCGGGGGUGGAAACAGGAAUCUACAACCUCCGAACAACAUUUCAGUGUCAGUCUCCCGUACCAGAAUAUCCUUGACGUAAAAUAAACAAACAUUUCAAAAGCGACUAAAUGUGAUUGGCUGAAUUGUGGAGUUCACACGGUGAAAUUAUGUCUAUGAUUAGUUUUUUUGUAAAUGUGAUCUCGAUAUGUUUUUGCCUGAACCACAAUAAUUUUUUCGGGUUUGUUAUCUGUCAUUAGUAACAAUAAUUAGAGUUUUUCGGGUCUGUUUUGAAUACUAGAAUUGCAGUUGUAAAUAUCGAAUAUUUAUGAUACGUUAUGUAAAAUAUGAAAGUCUGAAUUUUUAUUUGCAAGUAAAAUUAC